CUGAACGAUAUUGGAGAUUGUAGGACGACACAAAGGCGGCUAUUUCGAUAGUCAGGCGCUUAAGGGCUGGGGCUGACUUGAUUUAUAAAGAUAUUUGGCACUGGUUCUUCCUUUAAUACUGUACCAAACCUUCGAAACAUCUAGUGUUAGUGUCAACUUGUUUGCUACUGAACCUUAGAGACGUCCCGUUAAAAAGCUGGUCAGGAUGGUGUCAGGCCUUCCUCAAAUGGGACUUCUUGGUGUGGUGGAUGAAGAUGAACAAGCACCUCGUGGAAAUAUUUUAAAACUCUGGGGAAACCCACAAACUAUGAACUUGAACACAAUGAUUUAUACGAACAUUGUUCAGUCCCCAUACUUCAAAGCCAACUUGGUCGAGCUGAAAACGUACCAUGAAGUUAUUGAUGAGAUAUAUUACAAGGUUGAACAUUUGGAGCCAUGGGAACGUGGGAGUCGACGUAUAGGGGGUCAAACAGGUAUGUGUGGUGGAGUACGUGGAGUGGGUGCUGGUGGUAUCGUGUCAACGGCUUAUUGUCUUUUGUAUAAACUUUUCACUUUAAAGCUUACAAGAAAACAACUCAAAGGCCUCCUCGAUCACCCGGAUUCUCCAUACAUACGUGCACUGGGCUUCAUGUACAUAAGAUAUUGCAUUCCCCCUGAAGACUUUUGGUGGUGGUAUUCACCCUAUUUCAGCGAUUCUGAGGAACUAGAUGUCAAGGCGGGAGGCGGUUGCAUCAUGACGAUAGGGAAUAUGUUAGAACACUGGUUAACUAAACUAGAUUGGUUUUCUACCCUAUUUCCACGUAUUCCCGUCCCGGUUCAAAAGAAACUAGAAGAAAAAAUGCGACUUCGUAAAUGCCAGGCCUUUUUGGAAGUUGGCUCUGUUCAAGAAAAGGAAAGUAAGAGGCUUUCAGAUCGGAAUCGCGAUGGUUCACAUCAUAAGUCAGGUGGGCAUUCUCACAGACAUGAAAAACAUAGGUCUGAUCGUGAGAAACGCGGACAUCAUUCUCGACGGUCUAGAUCUAGAUCACGUGAACGUCGUCAUUCGAAAACCCCAACCGAGCGGGAAAGUUCAUUUGAACGCGAUUUAAAGCGUGCACGAGAGAGACAAGAACGUGAUCGACGUAGAAGUCGAAGUUAGAUUAACUGAUUCUUAAUUAUGUGUAUUUAAUGUCCUCAUUUGUAUUUAAUUGAUUGCUAAAAUUCCUUACUUUUGUUUUCAUUGUAUUUGUAUUGACUAAAAACAAUAAAAACUGUAUUAUAAUCUG